CUUGUUCUGUCAUUAGUUCAUAAAUAGAUAAUCCGAAAAUUGUUUAUAAGGCAUUUGCCUGCAAGCAAUUUAAUUCCUUUCAAAUAAAAAAUUCACUCAAUAAUACGGAAGAAUGUCUAGCGAAAGGGAGAAUGUUAAAACUUUUACUAGUCCUGAAGCCCCAGGCUACGUAGGUUUUGCAAAUUUACCUAAUCAAGUGCAUCGAAAGUCGGUGAAGAAAGGUUUUGAAUUUACACUCAUGGUCGUUGGAGAGUCUGGCCUUGGAAAAUCUACAUUAGUUAAUAGUUUAUUUUUAACCGAUUUAUAUCCAGAGAGAAUAAUUCCUGAUGCUGUUGAGAAAACUAAUCAAACGGUGAAACUUGAUGCAUCCACGGUAGAAAUUGAAGAAAGGGGCGUUAAACUAAGACUUACGGUUGUUGAUACACCUGGUUAUGGAGAUGCUAUUGAUAAUACAGAUAGUUUCAGGGCAAUCAUUCAAUAUAUAGAUGAUCAAUUUGAAAGAUUUUUGCGUGAUGAAAGUGGAUUAAAUAGAAGAAAUAUAGUUGAUAAUAGAAUACAUUGUUGUUUUUACUUUAUUUCUCCAUUUGGCCAUGGAUUAAAACCUUUGGAUAUAGAAUUUAUGAAACAGUUACACAAUAAAGUUAAUAUUGUGCCAGUAAUUGCAAAAGCAGAUGUACUUACUAAAAGAGAAGUGCUCCGUUUAAAGAAACGUGUAAUGGAAGAGAUUGAAGGUAGCGGCAUUAAGAUCUAUCCACUACCGGAUUGUGAUAGCGAUGAAGAUGAAGAUUAUAAAGAACAAGUAAGACAGUUGAAAGAAGCUGUUCCAUUUGCAGUAUGUGGCGCAAAUACUUUACUUGAAGUCAAAGGAAAAAGAGUAAGAGGGCGACUCUAUCCCUGGGGUGUUGUUGAAGUAGAAAAUCCAGAUCAUUGUGAUUUUAUUAAAUUGAGAACGAUGCUCAUAACACACAUGCAAGAUUUACAAGAAGUAACACAGGAGGUACAUUAUGAAAAUUAUCGUAGUGAAAGAUUAGCUAAAGGAGCCCCGGUUCCACCACGACGACAAACAAUUGUGGAAUCUGAAAAAGCCACUUCCGUAACAGAGAAAGAUCGUAUUUUACAAGAAAAAGAGGCAGAGUUACGUCGUAUGCAAGAAUUAUUGGCUGUAAUGCAAGCACAAAUGCAACAACAGCAGCCCUAAUCAAAUAAUUGUUGGACAAAAUGAAGGAAGAGCUUCGGCUCUAUAGGUGCCAAAAAAGUUUAUAAAAUAUAUGUGACAUACAAAAACUUAACUUUAAGAGACAGUUUAAUUUUUACAAGCUUCUAUUUAGCUGAUAUGUGCAUUAUAUAAGAAAAUUCUUUAAUGCAUAGUUCUUUUUUAAAUACUGCUUGCAUACAAAUGAAUUUAUAUAUAAUAUUCAGUAGUCUAAUAUUUUUUUGAAUUAACAACAAGAUUUAAUACGUAAGAUACAUAGGACAAUUAUUGAUACAUAGUGCAAAGUAAUUAUAUCUUUGAUACCAAUGCCACUGCAAGUAAAAGUAAAUGAGAAGGAAGCGACAGUUGUCAUAAGUGCCUUGUAAUUCUUUGUUUUGUUUCAAAAAGCUCCGAUUUAAUAUAUUCAUGAAAUAAUAUUUGAAUUUACAAGAAAUAUCAGAAAUAGACCUCUUAACAAAAGUGUACGAGUAAUGUACAUAAUGACUACAAACAUUUUGUCUCAAUGUAUCAUUUAAGAAAUUAUUAUGAAAUAACUCGGAGGAGACGGAUAUCUAAGUAUUCCAUAUUAUAGAACUAAAACCAAAAAAUUCCAAACCAAUAUAUUUGUUUAGGUACAGAGAAGAGAAUCUCAUGUUUAAUUUAAAAAAUAGAAUUCGUGUCAAUGUUAUAUAUACAUUAUACUAACAUAUAAUUUUAAGACUUUAAAUAUGAUAUAAACAUUUUUAAUGAGAGAUCAUUGUAUAUGAGUAAGAUUAUACUCAUUUGUACAAUGAGAAACAUGUCUUCGAAUAUGCAAAUACUUUUUGUAUUUGUAUUAUGUAUACUUUUCUGACAUAUCUAAUUCAAAUAGAACAUGUAAUAUCAUGUAUCUAACGUGUGAUCAUUCAGGAUGUUUAAAAAAAGAAAAAAAAAAAAAAAUAAAAAAUAUAAGACUGCAUCUUCUUUUAACAACAAAGAGAUAUUGUAACUUAUACAAAACAUUGUUUUUUAAUGUGAUAAAUUAUAAAAGAUAGAUGAUGAAAUUUUGCACAUAUUUAUCUUCCAAAGGUAUUAUGUGAAAAGUAUUAAGAACUGUUCCAAAACUGCAUUUAAUUUACUUUAUUCUUAUUUACCAGAAUAUUAAAAUAUAGCUUAGUAUUUUUGUAAUACAAUUUAAUAGUAUUUUGAGGUAUAUAAAAUAAAUACAAAAAAGAAAGAAAAAAAAAAAAAGAAUUGUUCAGUCAAUAAGUGGGAGUACAGACAAGUUUUAGGUAAUUUAAGACGAACAGAUAUCAAUUUCUCACAUAUUUUAUACCUUGACCAUUGUACUUAUUUCUAAGCAUUUAUAUCUAUUUAUACAAUAUAAACAUGUUUAAUGCUUUUGUAUGUAUUAUAAAUAUGCUCAAUAUACGCAGGCUUUUAUAUCUUUUCCAUAGAAAUACAUGAUUUGUAAUUCUA